UAUGAAUUUUUAAAAACAACUCACAUGUAUCAUUGAAGAGUCCAUUGUGAUCUUAUAGUUUUGUUUUUUAUUAAACAUGCCAGUGAUAGCUAUUAUUUAUUGUUAUUGAUAUGUUUAGAGCAGGAACCACCCAGGAUGAUGUCCAUUGUUUUUAUUUAAACGGAAUAUCUUCAGUUUCUUCGUAAAUCUACUAGAUUGUAUGGUAGAUGGUAGAAAUGAAUUAAAUGUUUAUGUUAUUACUUUUCUAUUAUCUGUUAUGAAUUGUUGCAGAAGUUUACUUUACAUAUGAAUUGUUGCAGAAAUUUACUUUAUAUAUGAAUUGUUACAGAAAUUUACUUUAUUUAUAUGUAGUUCUUCCCAAAAUGCAUACUACAUAAGAAAAAUAUUUUUUGUAUGGAACCUAAUUUUCAACAAAUAUGUUUUUUUCGAUGCGGUUUUGGUAUUUUGAUGAAUUCCUUUAAUUGUCGCUGUUAAGUUUUUCAAAAAUGAAUAAUCUUACAGAUAGUAAUCACUUUCAUCUUGAAGACAGUUUUAUAAACGUUUGUUUACUUUUUUAUGGAAUCAUAUUAGUUGUAGGAAUCAUUGGAAAUGCCCUUACAUUUGCCGUGGUAGUACUAAACAAAUCUAUGCGACGUUCUAUUCAUUUUUAUACCAUUAAUCUAUCUUUAGCUGAUGGGUUACUUUUGUUAAUAUAUGUUCCAACACAAACAAAAAUGACUUACGAUGACCUUUAUUGGCAUAUGGGUAAAACUAUGUGCUCUUUUUGUAAUUUUACUAUAUCUUUAUGCUUGUCGGCUUCCGUUGGAACUCUCAUAGCAAUAAGUGCAGAUAGAAUGCGCGCGGUAACCAAUCCGUUUUCUUGGAAAGCUCAUUCGCAACAUUUAUCAAAAAUUAUCAUUCCAAUAAUAUGGAUUGCAUCUGCAGCCAUUGCUUUUCCAGUUGCAUAUGUUGCAAAUUUGAAGCCGGAAGAUAACUCUACGAUGUUGUUUAACUGUGUUGAAGAGUGGCCUGUUUCAGCUGGUAAGCUUGGUAUGGGUUACUGGAUCACAAUUAUGAUAAUACAAUAUAUUCUUCCGCUUGCCUUUAUGGCGUUUAUUAAUGGUGUUAUUUUGUAUAAGAUAAAGCAAAGCGGAAAUUCGAUAAAUACUUUACACAAGCGUAUGCUACGGAUGAUUAUACUUCUCUUGAUUACAUAUGCAGUAUGUACAGGAAUGCAGCAUAUGGUAUAUUUUGCAACUAUAAUGAAUAAUAAACAAUACCCUUACUUAUUUGUAUCUAGUAACCUUGUAGUUUCUCUACAAGCAGCAAUCAAUCCGCUGAUAUAUGGAACAAACAGGAAUGAUUUUGAACAAGCAAUUAUUGGAAUUUUUAAGUACUGCGGCACUCGAAUCAGCAAUUUUUUUACACAUAAAAGAAAAACAAUUUCGUUUUCAGAAUACCAAAAUUCGGUCAGCGAGACUUCUUCUGUUUAUUUAUUACCUUUAUUGAUGAGUAAAAAUUUUGAUAUAAAACGAGAAGCUCAAAACAGUAAAUAUUUACAAGUGCCCGGCCGGGAUAGCGAGUUAGAUGAACUAAAGCGACUUGUAAAAGAUGAAAAAAGAAGAGAUACAAUGGCUUUUAUAAACGAUAUUGAUCAACUAGCACCUCUUAAAAGUAAAAAAGUAAAAAUAAAAACAACAAACUAUAUUAAAAAAAACUACAAAAGAAGUCUUUCAGGAAAAAAUAAAUUGACGCCUUUAAUUGUAAUAACCGAGCAUUCAACAAACAUCCAGUCUUUAUCCGCAUUUAACAACAAUGAAUUGACACAUGCUGCAAAAGGUGUUGUUGCAGAACAAACAGUAAAAAAUAUUGCAGAACACGUUGAAAUAACCAAUAAAGAUACAGCGGUUAAUCAAUUUAACAUUUUCGAUCAAGAAACAUUUUCUAAUGAAUUGCAAAUUAAAAGUACUUUUGAUGAAAUCGAGAGAAUUCAAAAAGAAAUUGAAAGUACAAUUGAGUUGUUAGAGAAAAGCUCAAAAGGGCAUGAAACAAUCAUGAAUGAAGGGUAUGCCGCGUGCACGCAUGAGAAUGCCACGAAAACUAGCCCGAGUGACAUGAGUAAGACUUGCAAAAGUAAAAACGCAAACAACCAUGAUUUUUGUUCAGAAAAGUGUUCUAGGAAAAAGAGCAAUUUAAAUUGUAUAGACUCAGGUUAUUGGACUUUUACUAAAUCGCACGAGUCUCGAAUUAUUAACGAAGUAAACGACAAAAAGAGCUUUACACAAACCACUCAAGCACAACAAACUCCUUCAUUUCAAAGUUUUGAGUUAAACGCAAACUUAUUAAAAAAUUUAUCUUAUGACAGCAAGGAGUCUUAUAUCUAAAUAGUUAAAAUAUUUUAAAAUUUAUAAAGUAUUUAUUUUCGUAGUAAUAAACCAUUUUUUAAA